UGGGACCCCACAAACCAGGGUAGAUAGUGGAACUCUCGGAGGGGGGUGCUGCUGGAGCUGGACCGGACGCGCAGCGGGGUGGAGGGCGGGGACAGUGGAACAGGUCGGGCUGGCCGUGCGAAUUCCUGACAACUAGGAACCCAGAAGACAGGGGACAGCUCGGACAGCUGCACUGGACUUCCCAGGAGAAGAUUCUAGAGUCGGAAAGGUUAAGCAGUUUGUCCAAGGUCCGUGGAGCCAGGGAUCUGAGACCAGAAGAGGACCCACUCCAGGAACCAGGCUGCACACCAACCUCAGCUGCCCUUUGGGAGGCUGACACCGAGCCACCAGCUGCUUCUCAAGGCCGGACAGUGGGGAAGUGCCACUUUUCCUCCAUGAGCUCAGCCUGGGCCUCUGCUGGAUGCUCGACUCUGCCACAUCUUCCCCAGGACAGUGUCUCUGAAGGACUGUGGGAUUCAGAAGGAGCUCCGGAAGAGUCCAGGUUCUGAAAAUCCACAAGGAAAUCCACAGGUCUGAUGGCCACCCCCAAGGGGAGGGCAGACUCCAGCUCCCAGAUGUCAGGCCAUGGGUGGCAGGAACGUGGAGCCUGCCUGGAGCAGAUGGACCGCGCAGAGAGGUUGGAGGUGGAGGAGCAGAUGCCAGUCCAGAGUGUCAUGCGGAGGAAGGCACAGGAAUUCUUCCAGACAUGUGACGCCGAGGGUAAGGGCUUCAUCGCCAGGACGGACAUGCAGAGGCUACAUCAGGAGCUACCCCUAAGUCUGGAAGAGCUGGAGCACGUGUUUGAUGCCCUGGAUGCUGACGGCAAUGGCUUUCUAACCCCAGAGGAGUUCACCACUGGAUUCAGUCACUUCUUCUUCAGUCAAAAUACCCAAAGUGAGGAGGAAGGUGACAAGCAGAUGGAGAAGGUAUAUCAGUCUAGAGGUGAGGAUGUGGAAGGCAUGGACCACGAUGAGGAAGCACAGUUCCAGAUGCUGAUGGAUAGACUUGGAGCCCAGAAGGUUUUGGAAGAUGAAAGUGACGUCAGGCAACUGUGGCUGCAGCUGAAGAAGGAUGAACCUCACCUGCUGGCCAACUUCGAAGACCUCCUCACCACGAUCUUUGCUCAGCUCCAGGAAGCCAAUGAGCAGAAGACUGAACUGGAGUAUACCCUCAGAAAGAAAAUCGCAGCUUAUGAUGAAGAAAUCCAGCAUCUCUAUGAGGAGAUGGAGCAGCAGAUCAAAAGCGAACGGGAGCAGUUCCUCCUAAAAGACACAGAGAGGUUUCAAGCCCGCAGUCGGGAGCUGGAAAAGAAGCUGAGCGCCAAGGAGCAGGAGCUGGAGCGUCUCAUCCAGAAGCAGAGCAGGCUGGAAGGCCAGUGCACAGCUCUCCACAAUGACAAACAUGAAACCAAGGCUGAGAACACCAAGCUGAGACUCACUAACCAGGAGCUGGCCCGCGAGUUGGAGCGCACCUCGCGAGAACUCCAGGAGGCGCAGCAGCAGCUGGAGAGCCUGCAGAGAGAGGCCUGUGAGCUGCAGCAGGAGAAAGAGAUGGAAGUGUACCGAGUGACAGAGAGUCUGCAGCGGGAGAAGUCAGGCCUCCUGAAGCAGCUGGAUUUCCUAAGGGAAAGGAACAAGCAUCUCCGGGACGAACGGGAUAUAAGUUUUCAGAAAGAUAAGGCGGCCAAGGCAAACACAGCUGUUUCCAAGGCAAGCAGGAAGCAGAGAUCUGGCUCUGUGAUCGGCAAAUAUGUGGACAGCAGGGAACUUCUCGGGAGCCAGUCAGUGGAGGAGGAUGAGGCCUUCGGCAUCCUGAGGAGGAGGAGUUCUGUGGGCCUGAGUGCCUAUCUCCUGGCAGAGGAGGAGUCUGGAACUGGGGAGCCAGGGACUGGGGUUCCACGUCGCCAUGCACUCCGCAGAAUCAUCUCCAUUGAGGAAGACCCCCUGCCUCAGCUCCUGGAAGGUGGCUUUGAGAAGCCACUGAGCAAAUGCCCAGAAGAAGAGGAGGUCUUUGACCAGGGGGCAGAAGGGCGAAGUGUGACAGCCCCCGCCUUGGAACUCAUCCCUACGUCUCCCCGAGGGCAGCCUGUCGGAAAAGAAGCCCUCUACAAGGAGGAAAACACUCCCUCUACCCCAGACCGGCUGUUCAAGAUCGUGUUUGUGGGAGACUCCGCUGUGGGGAAGACAUCCUUCCUGAGGAGGAUCUGUGAGGCUCGCUUCUCCCCAGGCAUGGCGGCCACUGUGGGCAUCGACUACCGAGUGAAGACGGUCACGGUGGACAACGCGCAGGUGGCUCUACAGCUGUGGGACACUGCUGGGCAGGAGAGGUAUCGCUGUGUCACUCAGCAGUUCUUCAGAAAGGCCGACGGCGUGGUUGUUAUGUAUGACCUCACAGCCAAGCAAUCCUUCCUGUCGAUCCGGCAGUGGCUGAGCAGCGUGGAGGAAGCUGUGGGAGACCGGAUUCCUGUUCUGCUGCUGGGCAAUAAACUUGACAAUGAGAAGGAACGGGAAGUCCCCCGAGGCCUGGGAGAGCAACUUGCCAAGGAUAACAGUUUGAUCUUCUAUGAAUGCAGCGCCUAUUCCGGUCACAACACCAAAGAGUCCCUGCUCCACCUGGCCAGGUUACUCAAGGAGCAAGAGGACACAGUGAGGAAGGACACCAUUCAGGUUGGCCCCCCAGCCAAGAAGAAAUCCUGUUGUGUCUGACAGGAGGCCUCCGCGGCCAUCCCAACCGCGCCCAGUGCCACCUUCAGCUGACAGGAGGCCUUCCGUGGCCAUCCUAACCGCGCCCAGGGUCACCUUCAGCCAGCAAUCCUCCACAGGCCAAGGUCACGUGGCUACCUGAACAGCGCUUGGUCUCCUAUGUAGCAAUACCUGGCAAGGCCCGCCCUGCCUUGUCCUUGUUGGUGACUUGCCUCCCCUAAUGGGAGGAAGCGCCUGCAGCCAAAAGGCUGUUUUUUCUUCUAUCUUAAAGAUCUCUUCUACACCCCAAUACCUACUUCUUCCCCACCCCCAAGGUGCUUUGGUGAAGGACAGGAGCAGAUGGGAUUUUCCAGAAAAGUCACCAUGUGCCUUCGACACCUCCCUUCUCCUCGCUGCAUGCCCUUAGGAGGCGCUGCACUGAGGUUGCCAUGGCAACUGUGCAGGGGCAACGUGAUGUUUCUUGAAGGCCAAAGAGGUGCCAUUUGGGUGAUCCUGAGGUAGACUGCCUUUGCUUUGGCCCCUGUUCUCCAGAAAGCAGAGAGCUGCUGUGGACAUGCACGUCAUGGACCUUGAGACACUCGAGGGUCUGCUCCAGUUCCCGGGGCUCUUUCUCUGCUUCUUCCUGAGUUCCCGGACCACAGGCUUCACAGCCUCUCCCAGCAGCCACUGCACCCUCUGGAUCUGUGCUGUGGUCUCUGCAAUGUGCUUCCUGAAGAGCCUCAACCCUGACCCCAGGGUGAACGGCAGUGACAACUCCACACCUGGAGCCACACAGCAGGCGUAUUCCUAUGCCUUCUUUGACAAAGAAACCAAAAGAGGAAGCCAUCUAUAACCAAAGACGGUGACUGUUCUGGAGGGUCUGAAUAAGAUAUGUGUGGCUGUGUAGAAGGCAUUUCCUCCAAAUACCUCUUUGGGAAAUCACAUUUGGUUAUUGACAAGGUAGAUUGACAGGCAGGUGUGGCAGGGGAUGGGGACCCAACACUAGGUCCAUAAUUAUUGGCUUCAUUUUAUUUCAUUUUCCUUUAUUCUAGGAGGUUGUAUUCUUUUUUAAAAUGUAGCUGUGAUGUUGACAUUUUGCUAGUGCUUAAGAAGUGAGCUGCCUGUAGCUGCUGGCUUCAGCAGAGGGGCCUGACUUCAGGGUCCGUUCCCUGCUGGUGGUCAGUGCUGUCUGGCUGUCUGGCUGUCCUGUUACUGCUCAGCGCUGACUGUCUGGAUGGUAGAAGGUACAUCUUUGCGCUGGAUGGAAGACAGGAUAAAAAGACCACAAAGGUCCCUAUUUACAAGUGAUUGACAUUCCAAGUCAAUAGCUGAAGAGCCAGGCACCAGCUCCAGGAAAGGCUGGAGGCCCAACAAGCGAUACUCACUAAGGGGACAGAAUAUUAGGGGCAACCUCACACAGCCACAUAAACAAAGAGCAACAGUGAGCUAGAGUUCCUAGGCACGUUUUACAGCCUCUUCCCCAGCGCCACUAAGGAACGAGAGCCCCCAUAGUUAUCGGGCACAUGCUUGCUUGCAUUUCUCAGGGUUUUUCCUGAUCUCGCCUGUGCAGGAAGCAGAGAGCUGUGGAGGAUGUUUAGCGAUCCUCUACCUGAGCGUCACACCUGAGUGCCUUGAGGAGGCCAUGAUCUCAGUGGGCCAGCUCCCACUCCACACCCCUGCCCCAUCAGUUAAAGACACGAUGGCUUAUUCGAUGCUGGGGUCGUUCUGCUCGGAUACAUAGGGUGCCUUGUGAUGGCUCUGUGACACAGUCAUUGUCCUUCACGGGCUGGCCUCAGACCUCAGUUUCAGACUGGAGACAACGCCCAAGAAGCCCCGCUCCCUAGCAGAAGUGCGUUGGUGGUAGUUACGCUCCUGGGUUGGAGCCUGCAGAAGGGAUAUGGGAGCCAGUCAGAGGGAGUGCUUACUCUGCGUGUGUGGAGGAUGGGUACAAGGUAGGAUGGCCGUGGGGAGCGUGGCUGGCUCCUUUGCUUCUGACUAGAGACAGAACUGGAAUUCACUAAGUGAAAGGGCUGUACCUGGGAUCCUCUAGGUCCCCAGAUGCCUUAAUGCCCAGCACAAUGUCCCUACUAGAGCUACCAUUCCUGUUUAAAAACAAAGUGCCUUGAAGGAUUUGGAGGUCCUGGAGGAACCCUGGUGCCAAGCCUUUGGACAUGUGGCAAAUUCCGUGAUUAUCCAGAGGUCCAGGAGUGGGUAGAAACAGAGGCAGGAGGCCUAGGUUGCCCUCUCCCUUUUUUAGCCCCACUAUAAAGGAUAGAAGAAUGUGAGCUUCCGUGGGGCUCUGAGAAGUCCCUUGUCCCCAGCUCUCUGCUUCUCCUCCUCCCAUUCUGUUUCAGAUACUGUGUGGUUCUGAGCCACCCUUAGGAGCUGUCACGCUGGCCCAGAGGCUGGCAGAGCAUUCAGAAGAACCUUCUUCUGGUGCCAUCCCAUCUGUACCCCUGUUGACUGACCAGCUUUCCUGCUCAUUCGUCAUAGACCAAAAGUUUCAAUGUCUUCCUCCCAUGGAGCUCAAGUUACAGAGACAAUGGCCAGGAAGGACCCAGCCCUGUCCUCAGUACUUCACCGGUGCUGGUUCCCAGGGCCUGUUUUCAUGGGUAGCACAGAGUCACUGCCCAGCCCACUUUCCAGACCUCUGCCCUGAACGGACACACUUACCAGCCCAACUCAUCUGAACAUCUCACUUUCCCACAUCCUUCUCACGCAUAGCUGACCCAGCUGUUUUCUGUCUGCUGCCACCCACAACCUUAGGCUGCCAAGUCAGGAAAGCCAGCACCAAACUAAUGUCCCAAGGGUUUCGUUCCUGCUUAGGGAUUGAUUCUCGCAGCAUCUUUGGGGUAUUUCAUGUUACCCUGCGAACAUGCGGUUUCUUCCUUCUCCCCCUUUGUACUUUCUGUCCUGUUCUUCACCUAAUUCUGGACUCCCCACCCUCUGUCCUCAGAAGUCCACUCGAUCCAGACCUGUGAACUUUGCCCAACAGCCCUACUCUGUGUCUGCCGUGAACAGUGAUCUGAAAGGUCUUCAUCUAGUUUCAAUUAAGGUGCUAACAAGCGGUGGCCCCAGGGCUGCCACUCUGCUUUUAGGGAGCUCUAAGAAAGGGAGUGUGUCAGGUCAAAGGACGAGUCUCUGGUCGCAACAUUUUAAUCCCUAAGAGUUUACAGGGAUCAAAUAUUUGAGACCAUGCUGCCUUUCCCUCCUCCCCUCUCGGAGGUCUGUUUGCUUCAUGCAUUGUGAGCUCCGCUGCUAGGUUCAAAUAUAUUCAAGCAAUAGCAUCUUGAGUAUAUAGUAGCAUCCUCUGUGUUCACUAACAAACUUUUGUCUUAAAGUCGGGUUGUGGUCCCUCUUUUAUUUUCUGUUUACAUGGUAUAGUUUUUUACCUUCCAACCUGGGUAUCUUUAGAGAGUCUCUUAUAAAUGCAAGAUAGUUGGCUCAUGGUUUUUAAAAAAAGUCCAUUUCCAGUAUCUUUUAAUUGGAAAUUUUAGUUUGUUUUCAUUUAAUCUGAUUAAUAAGAAAGGAUAUGUCUACCACUCUGCCAUUUCCUUUCUAUAUAUAAUAUAUAUUUUAGUCCUUUGUUUUUCCAUCACCACCUUUUUUUCUAUUAAAUAGAUAUUUGCUGGUUCAUUAUUUAAUUAUCUUAUCUGCUUUCUAUUUUUAAACUAUAUCUUCUUGGUACUUACAGUAAAGGUUACAAUGAACAUUUCAAUUUGUAACUAUAUAUUUAGAUGAAUAACAACUUAAUUUUUUUGUUCUUUUUUUUUCCAACUUAAUUUUUUUAAUUUAGGGCUUUACUUUUUAUUUCACCCAACUGCUAACUGACUUAAGAUAGCAACAUAAAUGAACAACAAAAUAUUAAUUGCCUGUUUUUAAUGCUGAAUUAAUUUUGAAUACUAAGUAAAUCCUAAAAUGUGAUUUUUGAAAAAUGUAGCUUUGAGAUGCUACAAGUAUCAGAAAAUUAUGAAUCUCCAUCUUGAGUAUUAGUUAAAUAACAACUUAUUUUUAAUAAGACACAAAAUUCUGAUUCUGUGUCGUUCUAUUCUCCUUUGUGUUGAUAUAUUAUCAAUAAUUAUCUUUAUACCAGUGAGCCAGUCAUGUAGAUUUACAGUUAUUGCUUCAUGCAUUCAUCCUUUAGUUUGUCCUUUAAAAGGAGUUAUGAGUGGUCAAGGUGCAGAGAAUAAAUGUCAACGGAAUGCUCAUCUAUAAAUGGGAUGUUUAUAUCUCAGUAAUCCCAAAACUCAGGGACCAUCACAGAAGAGAGGACGAUAUGACCUCUCUUUGCUUGGGGCGGGCCAGGCCAAAAAGGCAUCGUCUGAGUGUCUGACAGGACCUCUUCACACAUGAACUCAUCGUACCUGUGGUUGCCUGAACAAGAUCAAGCCAGUCAACAUCCCAGCAUCGGGUGGAAGAUGCUCAUGAACCUCUACCCUCAGACAAGGGGCUGCUGAUGGCUUCUGGGGAGGAAUAAUCAGUUUUCUUUAAGGGUGUGGCCCCUGGGGAAUCAACCAUGCUCCAGUGGAUGGCCUAACACUUAGGAAUAUAUGGACAGUACUAUUUAGAUUCAGUGGGUUAUUAAAAACUCACAAAAAGAACGAAAAAUUGGGAGAGAAUAUUGAAAAUGAGGAGUUGGGUUUGGGAGAAAUUGG